GGAAGUCGUUAAGUGAAAGCUUCUUCUAUUCCGUCGACAACCAUUUUAACAGUUUGACCAUUGUGAGUCUUUUUCAAACACUGUACGCUGAAGGCCACUACUAGUGCGUAAUAUGAAUAAACUGAGAACUGUGUUUUCCCGUGGUGGCCUUAUCAAUAAAAUAUGGAAGCGUUUUAUAAACCUUCAGGAGUAUCAGUGCAAAAAGUUGAUGUCAGAUCAUGGCAUUAACGUGCAAAGGUUCGUGCUUGUCAGGAACCCUAGUGAGGUUGAUACGGCAAAAAACAAUUUCAGAGUCAAAGAGUAUGUUAUAAAAGCUCAGAUACCGGCAGGUGGUAGAGGAAUGGGCGUUUUUCGUGAUGGGUUUAAAGGUGGCGUCCAUCUUACGCAGGAUCCAGAUGAAAUGGCACUCAUAGCGUCGAAGAUGCUUGGAAACCACCUUGUCACUAAGCAAACGGCAUCUUCGGGUAUGCUUGUCAGUCAAGUCAUGGUAGCAGAGGCACUUGAUAUUCACCGAGAAACAUAUUUUGCUAUUUUAAUGGAUCGAACAUCUAACUCCCCAAUCAUGGUAGCAUCUAGCCAAGGUGGAAUGGAUAUUGAAGAAUUAGCUAAACGUUGUCCAUCUGAGAUUAUCAAGGAACCUAUUGAUAUAAGUGUCGGAGUAACUGAGGACCAGGCAUCGAGAUUCGCCACAGCUCUGGGGUUCAAUCCACAUACUCAAUUAUAUGAACAAGCCUGCAAACAAAUUCAAAAACUGUACAAGAUGUUCACAGCUUUAGAUUGUGUUCAGGUUGAAGUUAAUCCUUUUGGUGAGACAAAGGAUGGUCAGAUUGUAUGUUUUGAUGCUAAAUUAGCUUUCGACCAGAAUGCAAUAUACCGCCAACCAGAAGUUCUUAAAAUGGCCUUGGAUGUUGAGGCUGUUGAAGUGGCUGCUUCUGGUCCGAAGAGUGCAGCAGCCUUAGAAGCAGAUGCUACACACAAUGGUUUAAACUAUAUUGGUUUAGACGAUGGGAAUAUUGGUUGUAUUGUCAAUGGAGCUGGAUUGGCUAUGGCUACUAUGGAUUUGAUUCAUUAUCAUCAUGGUAAACCUGCUAAUUUUCUUGAUCUGGGGGGAAGUGUCACCAUGUCUCAAGUUGAAAAAGCAUUCCACAUACUUGCCAGAGACUCCCGAAUUGAUUGCAUUCUGGUGAAUAUAUUUGGUGGGAUCGUUAACUGUAAAACAAUUGCUGAAGGUCUUAUAUCGGCUUUAAAGAAUGGUAUCGUUAAUAUACCGGUUGUUGUUAGGCUUCAGGGUAAUAAUGCUGUCGAAGCUCAAUCCCUUAUUUCUAACAGCGGUUUAGAGUUGGUUGCCGUCAACAGCUUAGAAGAAGCGGCGUCACUUGCAGUUUGGAAAGCAGCGUGCAUACGUGAUAACUCCUUAACCUGUGAUUCAGUUGCUUAAUUUUAUGUAUUUAUGCAUGUAUAAUAUGCAAUUCACUUUUCUCUGUGCUUCCAUCUAAUCAUUCAAAGUUGUAUCUAUUUGGCGACGUCGUUGAGUGCUUUUCGUUCUAACAUUACUUGCUACUUUACGAAGUAAAUCAUUUCAAUGUAUUUACAUAGACAACUAAAAAUUUCAAAUGAAUUUACUAUCUUACUUCCAACGCUUUUACUUUGUUCACUAUGACUUAUCUCCCAAAUAAAGGUUUGGCCACAUAUUGUGAAAUAAAAAUUUUCACUAUGAUUACAAA